AUGAUAGAAAACUUAAUCCUUGAAGAUAAGCUUAAUAUAGCCUACAUAUAUGUUAAAAAGAUUGGCUUCAGAUAAUCCUAGAAAGAUAUUAGUGAAAUUAUAACUUACCAGCAAAUAGUAUACCAUAAUCUUGUAAGGUAAUAUGAAGAAUUACUACAAAGAAAAGGAACAAAAGAUUUUAUCAAGAAUAAGGUCAGAUUCUUGAAAAAGGAACAUCUUAUGUAAGAAGAUGAAACUUUCAAUAAGCAAAUGCCCUAACUAUUUUUCAAAAUUGAGACAGUGAAAACUAUAGACUGGAAUAGAAUAGCAAACCAAGGCACUAAAAUAUAGUAUUCACUCAUGUUAUAAUCAGUUUAAGAGAAAAGUUUAGCAGUAAAGAAUAUAUAAUGGAAUGCAGAUAAUCAACUAUAACCUAAACAUAAGAAAGAAUACUAUAGAAUUAUGCCUAUGAUAUGGUAAGGUCUAAAUAAUGCCGGAGGAUUCUAUAACAAUGAUGAUGAUGAUAAGUAAUCAGGAAUGUAUGAAUGUUAAAUAUGCUGGAAAAUAAGAGGCGUUAAAAACGCAAGAGCUAGUAUUGAACACCUAUACAACUGUUCCAAAGAUCUUAUAACUAAUUUCAAAUGGAGAAUAAGAAAAUACGCUGAAAUGCUAGAAUAAACAGGCUAUCAAUAAGAAAGAAUUUAAAAGAAAAACUAAGAAUUCAUUGAAGAAGAAUAAGAAUACAUUGAAUGUGUAGCAUAACAUAUGGAAAGUAUAGCAGAACUAGCCUUAACUUAUGGAUUAAUGAGAAAAUACUCCAUCAAUCCAGGAAAAAUCAAACAUUUAGCUCAUGCGAUAUAAAUAGCCAUUAGAAUCUCGAAACUGUACCAGAAUCUAGAGCAUAACCCAUGGAAAAUGAUUAUAGCUAGAAGAACGUGGAAGCAAGAGAAAGAAAAUUCUAGAGGUAAUACCAAAAUUAGACUCACUAGGGUUCCUUAGGUUGAGAAGGAGCCUAGUGAGGUAGAAAUAGCUGCAUAGAGUGAUCCAUUCCUAAAAGAUAUGAUAGAACUAGGAUAAUAAUCAGAAAGUCAAGAACUUCAAGCUAGAGAGACUAUCUAAGAAGCACUUAAUGUUUAAAAAAUAUAAGAAGAAAUCGACGAGUAAUACUAUUCUAACCUAAGAAGCGCCGUAAUAGUGCAAGGUCAGGAUGUAUUUACUUACGAAAGGUAAGAACCAUUUAUGGAAGAUGUGUUAGAACAAUCCUAAAUUAUUCCCCAAGACGAUCCCAAAACAAGGUAACUUGUAAGACUACAGUAAACUGAAGAAUUUAAUCAACAUAGAUAACAGCAGAGAGCUAGCAAGAAGCAAUAAAGAUAAAUAGAACAACAUAGCGCCAAAUUCAGCAUAGAAAAUAGAAGAAAAAGGAAAAUCCCGCUCAUUAUACCUAGAUAGGUAGACUAGUUCAAACUCACAAAAACUGGAUUCAUUGAGAAGUAACAGGUGAUCGAGCCUAUAGGAUAUAGGGGAAAUGGUUCUCUAAGCCAGAGAAGCAUUCAAAGAAGAACCUAGGAAAAGCAUUAAACCUAUAAUACCCUAGAACUAGUAAACCAGAAUCUUCAAAACUGA